AUGGGCCCCUGUACCGCCUCCCCAUGCUGCUGCCAGGCCCGUAAUCUGCCAUGGGCCCCUGUACCGACUCCUCAUGCUGCUGCCAGGCCCGUAAUCUGUCAUGGGCCCCUGUACCGCCUCCUCAUGCUGCUGCCAGGUCCAGAGUGUGUGUCAUGGGUCCCUGUACGGCCUCCCCCAUUGCUGCUGUCUCUAUCGCCACACUCUGCCAUGUGCCACUUUCAGGUCUCCUCACACUGCUGGUGGUUUCCAUUUUUGUCAUAGGGUGCUGUAUGGCCUCCCAUUGCUGCUGCCUCCACCGCCACACUGUGGCUCCACACUCUGGUUUUGGCCCCGUGACUGCCCAAAUGAGUGAAGUGUGCGGUGAUUCUAAGAUCGACGGCACUCAUCUGCAUGUCAUACUGACUGACAGUAUUAUUUCUCUUCCCCAGCAGACUCCAAGGGCAUUUAAAUUAAAGGUACAGUGUUCUGCACUAAUAUUA